AUGGAUUUCAUUUUUGGCUCGAAAUUCGAAUUUGAUAGCGCCAGCAAAUGGGCAUCACAGAUGGAGUGGACGGUACUGAACAUUUCGUUCACCUAUGUGGCUACCAUAUUUGCAAUCAAAUACGCUAUGCGGGAUAGGAAGCCGUAUGAUCUGCAAUGGCCACUGGUCAUCUGGAAUGCGCUUCUUGCCGUUUUCAGUAUUCUCGGUGUUGCCAAAAUAACGCCGGUCUUCUUUCAGCAUAUUGCCAGCAAAGGAUUCGUCAGUACUUUUACUGAAAUUGGACCAUGCUACACGGAUAGCGUUGCUGGUUACUGGACGUUUCUUUGGGUUGUUUCGAAAAUUCCCGAACUUCUGGAUACAAUAUUUAUUGUGCUCAGAAAACGGCCGUUGAUGCUGAUGCAUUGGUACCAUCAUGCACUGACCGGUUACUUCGCUUUUGUCACGUAUGGCAACAAAAAUGCCUAUAUGAUUUGGGUUGUCUGGCCAAAUUUUAUCGUCCAUUCCUUCAUGUACAGUUAUUACAUGCUACGGUCAUUGCGUAUACGGGUUCCGCCGCAGAUUGCGCAGUUUAUAACAUUCGGGCAGAUAAUCCAG